AUGUUCCAGUUCCUUAAUCGGUUCGUCACGUUGUUUGAAAAAUUGAACUAUGGCAGAUAUAAUAUCAUUUCAGCACUCGUCCCCUUCAUAACCAUCGGACUUCAGGGUGAAAAAGUAGCCAGUAUUGACAGUCAAUUUCAUCGGCCAAGUUUUAGAAAAUGUUCGCAUAAUGCUAGCAGUGGUAACAGAGAAAUUGCUGAAAACAUUCAUCUUUACGACAUAACCACACGAGACCCUUAUCAUGACCCACCAUAGCUGGAGCGCCAUCGGUUGUCAAGCCUACCAUUUUCGAUAUUGGAAUUUUCUCAGAAGAAAUAUUAUUUUUAAAAGAAGAAAACAAGUCCUGCCAGUAGUCUGCUCUUUUAGUGGAAUAAGCCUCAAAAGAUUUUUUUUAACCGUAAAAUCAUUAAAAACCAUCCUGACGAACACGGCCAUCUGAGAAGUGCCAAAGACAUCUGUGGAUUCAUCCAGCUGCAGUGAAAGAAAGCGCAGUUGUCGAAGUCUUUUCUUAACUGUAAAAC